AUGGGCAUUGACCGGACUGGCAUAUCGGUGAUCCUGGCCGCGGUGAAGUUGCAACAUCACGGGCAGCGAGGUGUGCAAAUAUGCGAACUGGGCAACCAGCGGGUGACGAAAGCCACCAUGACGGUGUUGCUGGAGCAUGGAUAUACCCCUGACUAUUACGACCUUUGGAGUGUCUUGCAGAGUAUGGCCGUGACACCCUCACCAGCACUGGCAAGUGGGAAGAAAGUCUUUGAGAGGCUCGGCUUCCGGCAUACCAGCCUGGACAUCAACGGCAGAGACGGUGCUGUGCUGCUGGAUCUGUCACGGCCGUUGAACUCGUCUCUGAAGCAUCUGCUGGGAAAGUGCGAUGUCGUGACGAAUUUUGGGACUACAGAACAUGUUGGCGAAAGUGAGUAUAUCGAUGAGCCCCAGGGAUACGAAAAAAUGGACAUAUGGGCAGCCCAGUACCACGCCUUCCGAAAUAUACACAACCUUGUGCGAAGCGACGGCGGGAUGAUCAUCAAUAUGGUCCCAGCUGCUGGAUGCUGGCCACGUCAUGGUGCUGUGGAGUAUGAGCCUCGCUUUUUUUAUUCCUUGGCGCAAGCAGCUGGAUAUGAGAUACGAAACUUGUCUCUUCACAGGCCAGAUCAUGAUUGGUCUGUGGAAGAAGAGCAUCUGUAUUGGAGACUGCUGAGGGAGACUCUAGCACAACAGUCCUACAAUCUGCCUGACUUCAUCAAUCCAGAUGCGCUGCCCGUUAUGCCGAACCACGCCAAGGAGGACCAGGCUAACGUGUUGUCCAUAUUCGUGCGCAGGGGCUUCCGCACCUUCCCAGAUCAGCACACUUUCCUUCAAUCGCCUGGGCUGCACAUCAAGCGGAAAGAUCAGGAGGCUUCAGAUGCUGAGGCGCAUGAGAGCUGCCUGAACUCACCCAGGAUGCGUGUGCCCCACUGCUAUGUCAAAAUGGCAGAGACUGGCACCUGCGAGAUGCUUCGAGCAUGA